UUUUUUUUUUUAAAAAAUACCCUCGCCCGCCCCUUUUCUUUCUUUCCUUUCUCCUCCGCCAUCGCCGCCGCCUGCAGCCACUUCAGGCAAAAUUGCGAAUUGAACCAAAACAUGAAGGUUGUUCGAAGAAAAAAUAUUGACAAUUGGGAACUACAACACAAAAAGCGUAACAAGAAAAUGAAACGAUCAGUAAUACGGAAAAAGACAAGUAGUACAGAGGAGGAGAAAGGGAAUUGUGACUACUUCAAUAAGCUACCUACUGAUGUUAUAAUCUCUCUUUUGCUAAGAUGCCCCCUCAAGUCAUUAUCCAUGUUAAGGAUUUGGAUGCGAUUUGCUUCAGUUAACAUGGAUGGAAGCACGGAGGAGUUAUACAGUUCCACUGUCUCUGUCUCUGUCUCUGAUAGCCAAAUCAUGUCUAGCACAAUGCAAGUAUGCUACGGUUUGGUUUGCCUCUAUACAGAUUGUCGUAUUUAUUUGUGCAAUCCUGCCAUGCAACAAUUUUCUGAAUUGCCGAAAUACUCACCUUCUGCUAUCCCUGGAUAUACCCACUGCGGAUUCAGAUAUCUUCACUCAAGGAAGGAAUACAAAGUGAUGCAUUUUUUCUACAGGCUUCCUUCCACGAACACAAAGCGGCGUCUUCAGGACCUUAAGCUUGCACACCUAAAAUGUGAGGUUCUUACCAUAAAUAAUGUUGGUGGUGGCAUUUCUUUUAAUAGAUGGAAAAAAAUUGCAGAAGUGCCUUCUUGUCAUCCGUUCGGGCCAGGGCUGUUAGUAAAUGAAUGUAUGUAUUGGUUGACAAGACGUUAUCGUGGUACCCUCUUUCGUCGUGAAAUUAUUUCAUUUGACUUUGAAAAUGAAAAAUUCCUAACUAUAUCUCCCCCAUCAUCUUUUGGAAGUAUUUUUGGCCAGGCUCUAAUGGAUUUGAAAGGGAUGCUUUGCUUGCCAGACGCACGCCGUUUUCGCAGGAGUUCAAUUCUAGACCUGUGGAUACUCAAGGAUAAAAUAAGUUGCACUUGGGUAAAGGAGUAUAGCAUCGAUUUGGUCAACUUUGGGUCUGAGAAUCUCACAUCUCAUUUCAAGACAUGGAAGGAAGAAAUAAUAUUUACGCAUUUAGAUACGGUCGUGGUCUAUGACUUAAAAAGAAAAUGCUUCAGAGGAGUGAAAUGUCUUGGGUUUAAUCGUACUUAUGUAAUUUACUCGAAAAGCUUGUUUUCUUUAGGGAUUAUGUAGGUACUUUUGUUAAGUAUUUAAUCCUUUUAUGUGACAUGGGACAUGAUAAAGGAUUCAUUAUAACAAUUAACAAUGUUUGAAUAUUGUUGGAUUUUAGUUCCAGGGUGAAAACUCCCUUUCCCUGUUCAAGGGUUCUAGUUCUGCAUGUUUAUUAAUAUUCUAAUUUCUUGAUGCA